AUGGCUCCCUCUCGAGGUCCUCAACCUCUGGCUCGAAGCCUUCAUCAAACUCUUAACAGCCACAAAGGUCCUGUGCACGUCGCACGAUAUGCAAAAGGUGGCGCGAAAUAUGUACUGACAGGCGGCCAAGAUCGCACCGUUCGCCUGUGGAACCCUAGCACGGGCACGGAAAUCAAAACAUACUCUGCCCAUGGGUAUGAGGUGCUCUCGAUAUCCGUCUCUCAUGAUAAUGCCAAAUUCGCCUCAUCUGGAGGAGAUCGGUCCGUGUUCUUGUGGGAUGUCAGUACGGGGAAUACUCUCCGCAGGAUUUCAGGCCAUAUGAGCAAAAUCAAUGUCGUUGAGUUCAAUGCGGAUGCCACGGUUGUUGCAAGUGGUUCGUACGACUCUACCGUGAGGUUGUGGGACCUCCGUGCGCAAAACCGCCAAGCUAUACAAACACUAGAAGAAGCCCGCGAUUCCGUACAAACCCUGUAUGUUGGUGCAACCAUCGUCAUGUCAGGUUCAGUCGAUGGCCAUGUUCGCACUUACGACCUCCGCAAGGGCGAGUUACGUGCCGACUACAUUGGCCAUCCCAUUACCUCCAUCAUACCAACUCAGGACGAAUCGACUUGCCUUGUCAUGACGCUUGAUGCGCGGAUCCGGCUCAUGGACAUGUUCACCGGCAAAAUGCUCAACGAAUUCAAAGGCCACACACACACUUCUUACAGAUGCCGUGCAUGCUUUGGACAUGGAGAGGCGAGUGUAGUGGCAGGCGACGAAAAGGGAGAGGUAUGGGCUUGGGAUUUGCUUGACUCAACACCUUUGCAACCUAACCCUCCACCAAAAGUCCAUCAUAAAGUCAUCACUUGGACCGAGCACCACCCGAUAGAGACAGGGGAAAUGAUCACAGCGAGUGCGGAUGGUACAGUCAAAGUGUGGCGGCAUCCAGAACCAGGUGCUUGAUGUGAUGAAUCCUACUCUUGUACAUAAUACGCAUGUCUUUCGAGCACUCAAUCUGAAAAUGUGAGCAGUCUGUGAUUAUCGU